AUGUUGUUCGCCAUGUUCUUCGUCUCCUUCCGGGUUCUUCAGAUCCUAACUCUGAUCCCGUGUAUGGGCAUGCUUGCCUGGUUCGUCGAUGGAUUUGUUAAGCAGAAUGCUUUGACGCCAGACUCGAUCUUGAUCCUCUUCAUCGUCUCCGUUCUUGCUCUUGCUUGGGCAAUCUUCACCCUUUUCAGCUACCACCGCUCCUCGACAAAUGCCCACUUCGUCGCAUUCGUUGAUGCCCUCUUUUUCGGUGCUUUUAUUGCCGCCGUUUACUUCUUGCGCUACGUCCGGAACACCGACUGCAUCAGCAUCCGCCGUGCCGACGACUGGGACUUGUCUGCUGGCGAUGUCCGUGUCAUUGGCCCCGGCUACGACCUUGUCAACAACAAGCCUUGUUCCAUGCUCAAGGCAUGCUGGGCAUUUGGUAUCAUGAACAUCAUUUUCUUCGCCAUCACUUCCGUUGUCGCUUUCAUGCACGGCGGACACAUGAGCGCAUACGACCGCAAGCACUCUUCUCGCCGAUCCUACCACUCUAGCCGUCACAGCCACCGAAGCCGCUCUCGUUCCGGCUCCCGCUACAGCAGCCGCAGCCGUCCUCAGUCUCGCCGUGUUUACGUCUAA